CGAAUUGGCAGCGUAUCACCAACUACGGUGGAGUGUACGAACUAGAUAGACGAGAAUGACCCGAGCCGAGUGUGUUGCCGUGUGGAAGGCUGCCCGAGACGGCGACGACGCCAAGCUGCAGAAAAUGCUUGUGAACACGCAGGAUGCCUUGGCGCCCAACCUCAUCAAUUGGAAACAUCACAAUAAAGGCACCACGCCCCUCAUGGUGGCAGCCGAGAACAGACGCGGAGAAGGAGUCGUACGGCAGCUUAUUGCAGCCGGAGCCGAUGCCAAUGCUGAAGAUGGCACCAAACUCAAGAACACAGCUCUGCACUACGCAGCAAUGACCAACCGCGACUCACUGACUGUCGACGCACUGCUGGAAGCAGGUGCAGACGCUUUUGCACUUAACCGCAAGGGGUUAUCACCGCUUGACCUGGCACGGCAAUAUCGUCGGGGGGCCGUUGUUGCGACUCUCAUGGAGCACAUGAAAGUGCAUAGUGGCUGGUUGUUCCUACGUGGCAAGUUCCGCUGGAAGAAACGCUGGGGUGUAGUGUUGGCCUGCAAUAAACAACGCACAUCCAAAGAGUUAUGCGUUUUCCACAGUCCUGAAGACGUUCGUCCCGAUGCCGUGCUGCUCGUUGAUGAGUCUGCUCGAGCGUCACCUUUCACUUCCAGCGAUAGUUUUUGCUGGUUGAAACGCGAAUACGCCUUCAUCUUUGAUAAACCGGUCAUGUGCCAGCGCGUGAAGCGACAGAAGCUCACGCGCUCGCCUAUUUGCCGGAAGACCAUGAGUCAAGAGGACGUUCAGACCCGGGACCUCGUAUUCGCAGCCGACAAUCUCCACAACCUCGAGCGUUGGCAACAAGUUUUGCAGAGCAACAACUUCUAUGACCGCGAGACUGGGACCCCUCUUUAUGACAUGCCACCGUUUGAUGCACCUCACGGUGAGCUCUACUACUGGCCGCAUGAGCUCGUCGAGAAUGUGCGAUCGUCAACAUUGCGGCAGCAAGAACGACGUGGAGAGGACAAUGAGCCGUUUGCUGAACGACUGCGUCGUACGCUUGAGUUGCCACAAGCUAUGCCACAGGACGAAGAGCCUCUUGAAGAUAUGCUACAAGGUCUGCAGGAACCAAGGAAUCCAGACGGCAAUAACCAACCUCGAGUGCGAUUCGCGUCGUCAGAGCCGCAGAAAACAGUAGAGGUGGUUCAACCAGCACAGCAGCCUCCUCCGAAUGAAGGAGAAGGAAGCAAUGAGCAAGAAAGCAGUAUGGAGACAAACGAAGAGCAACAAAUUUCACCUUCAAUGCAAACGCAGCAAAACGAGGAGGAACCAGAUUUGUGCGGGAUGUGUUGCUCGCAGCGACGCAAUGCAGUUUGCGCUCCUUGUGGACAUCGAGCAGGUUGUCACGCUUGUUUGAGGACUGUGAUGCAUACCUCACAUGCCUGCCCAUUUUGCCGAGCUCGAGUGCGCUCCAUCAUGAGAGUCUACGACUAAACUCACUGGAUCGACAGCUUCGACGAGAAGAAGAGUGCAGUCAUCCACAGUACAAAUUCGACUUGAGUGGAUUCUCAAGUCGAAUGCUCUACACGGUAUUUCAGCCGAAAAAUUGCAGCAAUUUAGAACUAGAGGCGAUGCUUUGGUCUGGGAGGACAGGGACUUUAGGACAUCUUAGGGUCUUAAAGUUUCCUAGCAUAUCCUAAAUAUUGAUUUGAUGUUACUAAGGUCCAGGAGAGCGCGCGU